AGCGGCAGUUGUACAAGGACUGUAUACGUCGCAAUAAAGUGACUAGAGACGCCGGUGACUGUGAGCGGUACCACAAUUUCGCGAUUGACUUUGCUCAAAGUGAAAGCUUGCCGCACUACUACAGACAAAUGGGACCAUUAUUCUUCUUGUCUCUUCGGAAGAUCAAUACAUUUGGAUUUCGAAUAGAUGGCGAUGUACACCAGCUGAAUUUUCUCAUCGACGAGAACGAGACCAUGGGGAAAGACUAUGGAAGGGAUUAUCCGCCAGUUAAUACAUGCUGCUUUAUGACAUUUCUCAUUUUGAAUUGCAUGUGCAUUCGUCUAAAUGGCAGGUGCCUUCGUGCAAUUGCUUCGUGCCUAUUUGUUAUUGACAAACGUAUUUGUCUAUGUUUACAACUUUAAGUUGCCUUCACUUUAUUGCUUAGUGUUUACGUCUUAACGACAAAUGACAAAUGUGUCAAGUUCUUACAUUUAAAUUACUUAAAAACUAAAUUGUGUACAAAACUACAACUUAACUAUAAAAACUAAAUAACUAAUAGUAUUUAUAUACUGUAAUAAGACCAUUGAAAGCUAAAUUAAAAUUUAUCAAUAGCAGUAUGCAUUUGUCAAUAAGCAUAUAGACGAUAGACGAAUGCAUCUAGACGAACGCAACUAAACGAAUGAAAUUAGAUGGAAACCAGUAAAUAUUGGUAUCAUGCGACAGCAAUAUUAAAUGGGAAUGGAAACCAAAUGCUGGUACCCUUCUUAUCCACGGGAGAGCACUCUCGCGACUUUUGCUACGAUAUCGGUCAACAGUUUUCGUGCAGGAGUCGUCAAAAUUAUAUCUAGAAGAGUUGAAGUGCAGCUCCCCAUGCCUACAGAUGUUCACCAAACUUUUGACUGCCCUCCCUGUCAAACAACCAUUUAUAACCCAAGCAACUAAAGACCAACUGGAGACCAACUCAUGGAGCUUGCAUUUAUUGCCAGUCUUAAUUAUAUUUUGGACAUCUCAAUAUCACGGCCUCUAAACGCCAGCUCCACCACUUUACGGUGGUGCAAAGAAAAAGAGCUGUCGACACUUCCGUGGUGGAGCUGUGCCCUAUGUUUACAUGAACAAACGUCCAGUAUUUCCUCCCUGAACGAUGAGGCUGCACGGGCUACUAAGAAACUGAACGAGGCGAGCAAGCUUCUGAGAAAGGUUCGCGAGGACCUUUCCCUGCAGAUAACAAACCUGAUCAAUCUGACAAGUCUUCUGCAGCGAGGGGACGAAGAGCUGAAGAAUGACUUUAACACCAUUCGACGGCAUGAGAUAAAUUCCCAGCUUGUCAGAGAGGCCAUUAUUGCAGCCCUACAGAACCAAUACAAUUUCCUCCGUAUGGGCCUACUCUCCCAGAAUACGCAUUUAAACGAACUGAUUCGGACCACCUCGCGCCUCACAACCGCUAUCAUGAAGACUGCACGUGGGGCACGUGGUAUUGGUGACGUCCUUGACCUCAGGGCUGACGUCAUGAAUCAGACUCUCUAUAACAUCACCAAAUUGAUGCCCGGGGGAUUCGAGCAUGGUGCUUUCUUUGGUGAAAAGACAGUUUUCUGUCCGCAACAACUCCGCAAGAUUAGCGACAAGGGCAUGAGUGUUGUGUGUGGUGUGGACGAGGGCCAGAUCAUGGUCGACCCCUACACGCCAGAAAAGAUCUGGGUCAUGUACAGCUUCACAAACAUCAACGAAAUAUCACAAUACACUUCAAUUAGAAGUUUGAAGUUCGAGCUGGUGGACAAAACGAUCUCGUUACCUUUCUCUUGCGUGGGUACGGGUCACGUGGUUUUUAAGCAUGCACUGUAUUGCCAGAAAAUGUUCACCAAUAAAAUAGUAAAGUACAGUCUCGCAGAGGCUCGCUUUCUAGGGGAGAGGCAGCUUGAACAUGUCGGUGUACAUGACACAUUUCCUUACCAAUCGGGCAAAAACAGUGACAUCGAUUUUGCCAUCGACGAAACAGGUUUAUGGGUAAUUUAUGCAACAAACUCAUCAAAUGGUUGUAUUGUUAUUAGUAAACUUAAUGAAGAUUUGUCGUUUGAGGACACGUGGGUAACUGAGAUAACAAAGAAACACGUGGGUAAUGCGUUCAUUAUAUGUGGCAUUUUGUACGCUACUAACGCAUACGACGAAGUUCCUACGUUCAUCAAAUACACGUUUGACACACGCACAGCCAGAGGGAAGGUUUUAGAACCGGGGGUAUUACCAUUCAGGAAUUCAGUGAGUGGAGAUUAUGCAAAAGUGUAUGCACUUGACUACAACCCUUCCGAUAAAGCCUUGUAUUCUUGGAACAACGGUCGAGUGGAAAUAUUUCCCGUGUCGUUUGUAGAUGAUUCUGAUCCAUAGACUGAUGUGAAAUGUCGUUAUAUGCAAUCAUAUACGUGAAGUCAUUGUUUUGAAACGUGCUGCGGAGCCUUAAACACUUUAUAGUCGAUAAUAUGGCAUGUAUCAAACAAGUGCAUGCCAAUGAAUGGAUGUACAUAUCAAAAUACUAACUGUAUAGUGUAACAUUUAUAUAUCAAAUGUUAAAUUUAUUCUACACUAUUUCAGUAAGAUUAUAGUCACUUAAAUCACAAAAAUGUAAAUACGAGUGUAUAUCACAAAAAUUGAACAUUUCGAUAUUGUUACUUAAUAGUGAUUCAUUAAUUGUUUUAUUUAAUCACUGUUUUGGUUUUCAUAGACGUCUAUGCUGUUAUGCAAAUUCGAAAUGUUUGUUGCUGUCAAUGUUAUGUAUAAUUUGCUAUUACAUGUAUGCCUGUGUACGAAACCCAUCGAAUAUAAUAAAAUAAAUGAAGAA